AUGGUAACAGCUGCUUAUCUCCAGAAUGGCGCCGAUUUGUCUGCCCUGGGGUAUCAGGAUGGCAAUGCUUCGGUUGCUGGCUCGGAGCCUCGAAUCCAGGCGUUUGCGAAGCUAGAAUUUGAUGACGGCCAUUUCUAUGUCAACACCUAUUCAUUCAUCCUGGGUCGAGAUAUCCGAGCUGCUCGCGCGGCCCACCAACGAGAGAUUCAUCACCGGCAGGCCGUGCGGAGCUCUCGGGCAAAGAGCUCAAGUGGCGGUAACUCCCAUACCCGAAACCAGGAAAGCGCAGCCAUCAUGGGUAGUGUUGUCAGUGACCGCGGAGGUAUCAUGGGGUUUGACCCGGAUGUGCCUCCACAUCUCCCUGGUAGAUUGAACGCUAGCCGAAGGUCUUCCAGGUCUUCAGUUGACGAAUCUAUGCCUACUCAUGCGACUCCAUCGCAACUACAAGCUCCUAGCAAGGAUUACAAUGCCCUUGCUAUCGACUCUCUUCGAGACGGUCCAAAGCCUGUUGAUGCUUUGGCCCUUCUCCCAUCCCCAAGCUCUUGUCCUACUAUUCCUAUUCAUCCCCCCACAACCAUUGACGGAAAUGCCGCUGGUCACCGCGGUAUCUCGCGCCGACAUGUGAAAAUCGCGUACAACUUUGAGCGCAAUUUAUUCGAAAUGGAAGUCACAGGCCGUAAUGGCGCUUUCAUUGGAGCUGACUGGCUCUCGCCAGGGCAGGUUCGUCCAUUACACAGCGGGGAUUACAUCCAAAUUGGUGGCGUUCGCAUCCGCUUUCUUCUUCCAGACGUUCCAGUCGGAGAAACCGGAGCGGAUCGUUUGGAAGAGCCACCGGCCGAAGAAGAAGAUGUUGAUCAAGGCUCUAUCGAUGCUGAACAUGAGAUUGAUGAUGAGAUGGACAGAGACAUGAGCGACAGUGAAAGUAGAGAGGCUUCUAAGAGCUCCAAGUUUGACUUGAAGAGCAAGGACGCCGACUCCAAGGCUGUUUCCUCUCUUGAGCCCGGGGAUAAUGGGCAGCCUGCCCGUCGGCGUGGCCCCGGUCGACCUCCCAAGGACGGUAUCAUGUCCAAGCGUGAAAGAGCGGAACUUGCACGCGAACAAAAGAUGGCAGCCAAGCGCGAAGCUAAUGGUGGUGUAACUCCACCUCCACCUCCGAAGCCCAAGGCUGGCAAGACUACGAAGGAUUCUGUUGGCGCAGAGUCACCUCCGUCGUCAGUGAAGCCGGUAGACAAGAAGAAGUACACCAAGCGAAAGAAGGACAGCACCUCGAUGGACGUACCUCUCCCUUCAACAGAGCCAGGUCAAUUCUCAGAGCAGCGUACAGAGGAAUACGUGAAACCGCCGCCAGUCAAGAAGCGCAAGCCCUCUCGUUCUCCGUCUCCGAAUUACCCUCCAGAGUCUGCUUACACGCCGGAAGACUUGGCGAAACCGCCUUACAACUACGCUGUCCUUAUUUUUGAUGCGUUAACAGAGGCGGGCACUCCGAUGACCUUGAAGCAGAUAUAUCGGGCAUUAAAGCUCAAGUACCCUUAUUUCCGCUUCAAGUGUGAGACUGAGGGUUGGACGUCGAGUGUGCGGCAUAACCUGAAUGGCAACAAUCAUUUGUUCAUGCAUGCUGAGCGAGAUGGCAAGGGUUGGUCCUGGCAACUUCGACCUGGCGCGUCAGUGGAGAAAGAGAAGAAGCGGAGGCCAUCACCACCUCCUCCAGCGCAACCUAUACCGCCGCAGCAGUCAGCGCCGCCGCCUCAAUCCUAUAUGGGCCCUAUGUCUCAUUCUUAUGCUCCUCCCGGUGGCCAUCCGCCAAUGCAGAGUCAACAUCAACAAUUCCAAUUCCCAUCUGUUCCAUCUGCCAAUUUCUCUGCACCGCCGCCGGCGACACCUCAGCAUUCAAGCCCAUAUCCGCCUCAAUCCACAGCUCCUCCGCCUGUGUCGGCUCCCGUUCCCACGCCUCCGGCGCAGGCCACCGCUCCUACGACUGCUCCACCUUCUGCUCCUGCUCCUCCCACUGCCCCCGUCCCUACACCUGCUCCAGCGUCUGCUCCCGCACCGGCACCGGCUUCUGCGUCAGCCCCCGUGCCAAGUACUGCUACUGCUCCUGCUUCUGCUCCUGCUCCUGCUCCCCCAGUCCCUACACCUGCCUCUUUUCCCAUCCCAAGCACCAUCCGCAACAAUCUGCCCGCGGCUUUUGCAAAGACCGUUCCAUCCACGUACACCUCCCCUUACGCUUCCAACCCUCCUCCGCCGCCUGCUCCGAGGCAGUCACAAGGGCCUCAGCCGAGUCAGGGAACACCUCAGCACCAAUCUCCUUAUUCCGCGCAAAAGCCGCCUACUCCUCAGGCACCACCACCUAUCAAUCCGCAACCGCAGGCCUACCACCCUCCUCCUGGAGCCCACUACCAACAGCCUCAGAGGCAACAGUCGGUUCAGUCUCAACCGCUUCAUCAGCCACAGCCUCAUUCUGUCCAGCACGCGCCGGCUCAUAGUCAGCAACAUCAGUCAAUGCCGGUGUCAGCUCCGCCACCGCAUGCACAGUCCCAACAUAUGCCUCCGCAAAACCAUGUGCUCCAAGGGACCCCGGAUGAUAACUCAUUCCUGCAGCGGGCAAACAAGGCCAUCGACUCCUUCGAGACCGUUUUGAUGGACGAUUACGAAGACAAGAACUACAUUCGAGAGGUCCUCCGGAGUGCGCGUGCCCGGGUUAUAGGCAACGCUACAGAGAGUUCCUUCCCCGGUGGUGAGCCUAAAGAUGAAGGUGUUAUCAUUGGCAUCCUCCGCGACUUGGUCCAGAGGCUCAAGGAAGAAUAA